CCAUCUGAAAAAGUCAGGAAGAUAAGCAAAAUCCAAAUUACCCUUUUUUUCUUUUCACUCUACAAAAACUCCAUUUUUCAUAUUUUCUCAUCACUUAUUUUAGCUAAAAUAUUCAAUUUUUUUUCCUUUUAAUCUCAGUCAUUACUUCUCAAAAAUUAGCUAAAUAUUUGUAACUUUUUUCUUUUUAAUGUUUUGCUCUGUUUUUUUUUUCUUCCUCAAAUUUGAAAAAAAAAUGAACAACUUCAUCUUUUUUCCAGUUUAAUCCUUCUUAUAUUUAUUUUUUAGCUGUAAGAUUUAAUAAAUAUUUAAUCUUUCAUUUCUGGUUAUUUUGAGUUCUGGGUUCUUGUUUUUUUUUUUAUAAGAUUUUUGCUGUUUUCACCUUGGAAAAAUGAUGAGUUUUUUUUUUUUUUUGAGUAAAAGUUGAUUUUUUUUUUAAUUUGUUAGAUUUUCUUCGUGAUUUUUUUUUUUUUUGCAAAAAAUAAAUAUGAGUAUGAGUGGAGUAACAGUGGUGGGAUCAGAUGCACCAUCAGAUUACCAUGUGGCACCUAGGACCACUGAAAAUCCCAGUCAAGUUUCUGGAUCAGCACCUCAAAUUACGAAUAUUACACCAACUCCGGUCACCGGCGCCGGCGCCGGCGUCGUUGCCGUUGCCGGAGCACUGGCGUUAGUGAAGAAGAAGAGAGGUAGACCGAGAAAAUAUGGACCAGAUGGAGUUGCAGUGCCGUCUGCGGCGGCGCUUUCGCCGAAGCCGAUUUCGUCGGCGGCUCCUGUGUCGUCGCCGGUGAUUGAUUUCUCAUCGGAGAAACGGGGGAAAAUCCGGCCGGUCGGAUUAUUUAGUAAGCCACAUAUGCCUAAGUUGGAGGUUGAAAAUUCAGGUGAAUGGGUCUCAUGCUCCGUUGGUGCUAAUUUUACGCCCCAUAUUAUCAACGUUAAUACUGGAGAGGAUGUCACCAUGAAGAUUAUAUCAUUCUCUCAACAAGGGCCUCGAGCAAUAUGCAUUCUUUCAGCAAACGGUGUAAUUUCAAGUGUUACGCUGCGUCAACCAGACUCUUCUGGUGGCACAUUGACGUAUGAGGGCCGGUUUGAGAUACUGUCAUUGACUGGAUCAUUUAUGCCAUCCGAGACAGGAGGAAUGAGAAACAGAUCAGGAGGAAUGAGUGUUUCUCUAGCAAGCCCUGAUGGACGUGUUGUUGGAGGUGGAGUUGCCGGUCUACUAGUUGCUGCUGGUCCGGUCCAGAUUGUUGUUGGGAGCUUCCUUGCUGGAAAUCAACAUGAACAAAAGACCAAGAAAAACAAAUUGGAGCCUAUUACAGCUGCUGUUGUUCCUAUAUCUAGUCCAAAUAUUGAAGAACCAUGUAAUCACUCUUCAGCAAAACCUACUAUGCCCGCUUCCUCGAUUAACUGGUCAUCAUCGUUGGCAACUGAGUCGAGAAGUAAGACAGCUGACAUCAACGUAACGUUGCCUGCAUAGGAGGUUAAAAUCUUUCCGUUCUUAUUUGAUCCUUGAUCCUCACAUCCAUUUGUUGUUAACUUGUUUGUCAACCUCGUGUCCUCGAGCAUGUCAUUUUCCAGUUGAGGUAUGCUGUAUGUCUAGUAAUCCGAACUAGUUUUCGUUGUAGUUUUUUUCUUUCUCCUCUGUCGUUCGUUCGUUGUAGGAUUUUUAGUUGUAUAAUUGGUGUCAGAAAUGAACUUAUCUUAAGUUAAAGGCUUUAUGUUUAGUUUUAGCCAAGGUAAAUUGUUCAUCUUUCUCUUCAUGGAGUGUGCGAAACUAAUAUAAUAGCUCGCACGAAAAGCAACCCGCGUAUGAUCGAUUGAUAUAUUUCUCUUCUCAGUUGAAGAGACGAUGUAGAUUUGAUCAACUUCAUAGUGUGAUGGGUGGUCUGUA